AUGGCAAAUCAAUGGCUCAAUAUGUACAAUCAAAACAAUCUUCCAAACACUCAACUCCCCUUUCAUCUCUCCGAUCACGAUCACCUCAGUUCAAACAAUAACUCCGAUGUAGUUUCUGAUUCCACCGUCGUCACUACCGCCGUCUCCUCCGCCACUACCCCACCAGCCUCAUCAUCCGGUCUGAACCCAGAUGGGACCCGAGUUACCAAGCCGGUCCGGAAGAGGUCCAGAGCCUCUAGACGGACCCCAACCACUUUACUCAAUACGGACGCCGCAAAUUUCCGAGCCAUGGUCCAGCAAUUCACCGGUGGCCCGUCUAACGCUAAUAGUAACCUCCACAAUUUUGUCACAUUCGGGUUCCCCUGUAAUUCCCAAACCCUUUUCGACCCGGCUUCCGCCGCCGCCUACCAGGUCCAAGAUCCGCCGCAGCAGCAGCAGCAGCAGCAGUCGGUAUUCCAAUUCCAAAACCAGCCACCGCCGCUUAUGUUCUCGUUGAGUAAUUCGGGAGGCGGUGAUGCGUUUUUUCAACAAGGUGGAGGAUCGAGAAGUAACAACAACAACAACAACAACAAUAACAGAAAUUACAUGGGGGGGUUUUGA